AUGUGUGUGUGUCCCUUUGUGGUGUUUCCUCUCCGGCAGGUGGAGAAGCUGAAGGCGUACCAAGGAGACGUCUCAAAGCUCUCAUUGGCUGAUUCCUUCGUCUACCUGCUGAUUCAGCUCCCCAGUUACUCCGUCCGUAUCGAGGCCAUGCUGUUGAAGAAAGAGUUUCCCGGAGCGUGCGAGGUCAUGAAACAAAACAUUAAGAUCCUUCGCUCCGCCACCAAAGAGUUGAUGUGUUGUGAGGAACUCCACGCUGUUCUCCACCUGGUGCUGCAGGCCGGAAACCUCCUCAACUCUGGAGGUUAUGCAGGAAAUGCAGUGGGUUUCAAACUGUCGUCUCUUCUUACUCUGGCUGACACCAAGGCCAACAAACCGGGCAUGAACCUGCUGCACUUUGUCGCUCUGGAAGCUCAGAAAAAAGACACAAAGCUCUUGGAGUUUCCGCUGAAGUUGAAGCACGUCCUGCCUGCAGCGAGGAUCUCCUUGGAGACGCUGGACACUGAUCUGCAGUGUCAGACGUCUCACACGCGCUCAGUAGAGGAGAAAGUCCAGAGAGACACGGAGCUGCUGCGGCAGCUGGACAGCUUCCUGCAGUCGGCCGCCUUGACUCUGAGCGCGCUGCGCGUCAGCCGGCAGCAGCUGAAGCAGGAAGGCAGCGAGCUGAUCGACUUCUUCUGUGAAGACCGAGACACGUUCAGACUGGACGACUGCUUCAGCAUCUUCAACAUCUUCUGCUUCAAGUUCACUCAUGCUGUCAAGGAGAACAUGGAGAGGGAGGUGAAGGAGACGGCCAGACGCAGGAGAAUACAGGAGCUGGAGGAGCAGAAGAGACACUCAGCUGGCAGCGAGGAGGUCGGCGGAGCGUUCGGGCUGCGCCACAGCAGCGAGACGAACAUGUCGUCCGCCGCGUCACGACACAACGACGCCGCGCUGCUGGCGGAGCUCCUGAGCCCUAAAAGCCGCAUGCGACGCUCCCGAAACUCUCCAUUUAGCUCGGAAUUAAUCGCUGCUGACCGCGAACUGAGCAUGUUCCUGGGGAUGGCUAAACCGGAUGCAAAAGAAGCUAAAACAGCUUUUCUAUCAGCCUCACCCGAACGAAGAAGUCCAGGAUUCUCGGAAACGGUCCCAACAUGCAGCUUCCCCCAAAACAAGCAGCCUCAGGCGGGCCAGAUGUCGCCGCAAACCUCCUCCUCGCCUCCCAAGACUUAUUUGAGCGAACAAAAAGCAAACCGUACAACCACCACUUACCUCAGCGACGAUGCUACCCAGAAUCGAGCGAACGCCUUCAAUCCCACAAGUAAAGUUACAGUGAACGCAACCUCUGAUUCGAACCAGCAGUCCGACCACAACAACAACGACGGCGAGGGUCGACUGGGAACGCUUUCGGGAAAUCUGUCUGGUUCGAAAGGGAGAACGAACCAAGCCAAUCAGGAUUUGAGCGAACGGAUCGGACACACCGCUUCUACGACUACAGGCGCCAUGUCUGUGGUUUUAGAGAAACACACGUUGGUGCCUGAGCUGAAAGCGUUCGAUGAAGUCGCCACCGUGACCGGGCGCAACGCCAUUCACCGCCGUGGAUUUCACCGGGACGACGUGGUGAUCGCAGAUUUGGAAGAAGAGCAAGCGGACAUGAAGGUGCAGAAGAACACGGAAAAAUCUGAGCGGAGAAGCUCUUCCAGCGAGGAAGACGAGGGAACGGAGGAAAAUGUGGUUGUUUGGUGCGUGACGGGUGUGUGCGAUGCGGCCGGCGAGCACACACACGCUGACGACACGCACGCACAAACUGAGCAGGAUCAGCGUAGGAGCGACAAUCAGGCAGGAAACCAGCAAGCGUCUUCUGCCCCGGCCAAUCGCACGCCUUCAGACCCUCAGCCGGCCAAUGAGAAGCCAGCGUCUGUGCCCAUCAGCAGCCAACCGGUGCCUGUGCCCCGCUGCGACGACCCGUCACGUCCUGCCUCGUCCCCCAUGUGGCGCCCGGCGGAGCCUUCGUCAGCCAAUGACGCGCCGGCUCUCACAGCCAAUCAACGGGAGGAAGCAGACGACAGAAGCAGAAACGAGACCGCUCCCUGUCUCACGACCAAUGAGAACACAGAAGCAGUUUCUUGCACCAAUGAAAAGGAAGAAUCAUCGUCCAAAACAUCCAAUCAUACCUCUAAAACUCGAAACGCUGGGAUGAAACUCGCCGCCGACGCUAACAAAUGCAAGUCUGUCCGAACCCUCACCAACUCCGAGUACCAGGACAUGAGGCGGGUCGUGCCCAUCUCCAGACCCAGCCGAGGGGCUCCGUUUCUGGGUAGACGUCCCGAGAAACCUCCUGGCCUCCAGCGGGGGCUCCUCCAGCGGGCUGCAGCAGCUGCCGUCUCCAACCCAAGCGCGUCCGUCAGGCGAGCAGAGAGGCCGUCGACCGCUCCUUCGUCUCGCCGCUCCAGCUUCACCAAGGAUUCACCGGACCCGAAGGUUUCCGCCCGAGAGCAGAACCAGCAGGACUUGCAGAGGAAACCGUCCGUCAGGAAACCGUCCGUCAGGAAACCGUCGGUGAAACCCAGACCGCCUCCGGAGGAGAAGAUGUGUCGCUCCACGCUGCGGGCGCUCUCUCAAAGCGGAGGCAGGACCGCCAGUGCUAUUCCUAUUCCGUUACACAAAGCCAAUUCAUCUUCCUCGCUUCAAGGUUUCGCCCGAAGCACUGCUUCUUCCUUUUUCAGACAGACGCACACCACCCUUCCUCCUCGUCCCCUGUCGCCCCACCCGGGCUCAGACUCCUCCUCUAAGUCCUCCUCGCCACGCGUCACGUCCUCGCCUCUCAGCCGGACGGCCUCGCUGAGAGUCCCCGCAGCCUCGCGAUCCGCAGACCUCCUCAACCUGUCCUCCUCUUCUUCCUCGCUGACGGGGACUCAGAGCGUCAGGGCGAGUCCUCGCCGCGUCCCGCCGGUCCCCCCUAAAGGCCACGGGCGGGAUGGCGGCGCCGUCUUCUCUGACAAGUCGGCCAGGCCGAGUUGGAGAUAGAAGGAGACGUCUAGACAUGAAGUCGGAGCGGUAUCUACGGAGGAUACAUUUCAAUAUGAAGAAUAUUUAUUAGAGCUGCAAAGAUGAAUCGAUUAGUUCAACUAUUAAAUUAAUCGCCAACUAUUUUGAC